AUGGGGAUUUGUUUUAGUGCGAGAAUCAAAGCUGAAAGCACAGCUCAUACUGGUGUGAAUUCACAAUAUGUGAGCUCGGUUGAGAGCAGCAAGACGUUGUCGAGCUCGGUCCCUCCAACUCCCCGGACGGAGGGCGAGAUCUUGAUGUCAUCAAACUUGAAGAGCUUUACCUUCUCCAAUUUGAAAAUGGCGACUCGUAACUUCCGACCUGAUAGCUUGAUCGGCGGAGGCGGGUUUGGGUCCGUAUUCAAAGGCUGGAUUGAUGAGAACUCGUUUGCUGCCGCUAAACCCGGGACAGGCAUGAUUAUUGCCGUCAAGAAGCUUCACCAAGAAAGCUUUCAAGGGCAUCGGGAGUGGUUGGCAGAAGUGAACUAUCUGGGGCAGUUCUCCCAUCCUAAUCUGGUGAAACUCAUUGGCUACUGUUUGGAGGAUGAUUAUAGACUUUUGGUGUACGAGUUUAUGCCUCGGGGAAGCUUGGAGAAUCAUCUCUUUAGAAGGGGUUCGUAUUUCCAGCCUCUUCCUUGGAGCCUCCGCCUCAAAGUCGCUCUCGGGGCCGCAAAGGGGCUUGCGUUUCUUCAUAGCGAUGAGGCUAAAGUCAUAUACAGAGACUUGAAAACAUCCAACAUACUGCUUGACUCCGACUACAAUGCAAAACUCUCUGAUUUUGGAUUGGCCAAGGAUGGGCCGACUGGUGACAAAAGCCAUGUCUCGACAAGGGUCAUGGGAACCUAUGGAUAUGCAGCUCCAGAAUAUAUAGCUACCGGUCAUUUGAGUGCAAAGAGCGAUGUAUACAGCUAUGGAGUGGUGCUGCUUGAGCUGCUUUCGGGCAGAAGGGCAAUCGACAAGAACAGACCAAAUGGGGAACAAAAGCUCGUUGAGUGGUCAAGGCCGUAUCUGGGCGACAAACGCAAGGUGUUACGGAUCAUGGACAACCGACUGGAGGGGCAGUACACGAUUGAUAUGGUCCAGCAAGUGGCCGCCAUUGCUCUGCGCUGCGUUUCCAUGGAGCCCAGACUGAGGCCCAAGAUGGCAGAUAUCGUUAAGGGGCUCGAGCAGCUUCAGAAUUUCGAAAAUACGGGCAACAACCGUGGUGGGGCCAGGAGGCGCAGGCAUAGUGCUGGUGACGCUAGCUGUCGUGUCGUAAGUGCGCCCCACCCGAGACCAUCUCCUUUGACUUCCGAUGCUUAA